AUGCGCGAAGUCAUCUCUAUUCAUGUCGGUCAGGCUGGUGUUCAGAUCGGUAAUGCUUGCUGGGAACUUUAUCUCCUCGAACACGGGCUGAGCCCGGAUGGACGCAUCUCCGAAGGUUCUCCUUCCACUACAGACAGCGGUUUCUCAACGUUUUUCUCCGAGACUGGCUCCGGAAAACAUGUCCCUCGCUCACUAUACGUGGAUUUGGAACCUGGCGUUAUAGACGAUGUAAAGUGCGGUCCUUAUAGGAGUCUCUUCCACCCAGAGACGAUGAUAACAGGAAAGGAAGAUGCUGCCAACAAUUAUGCUCGAGGUCACUACACAAUUGGCAAGGAACUCAUUGAUCCAGUUAUGGACAAGGUUCGCCGUCUUGCGGAGAGUUGUACUGGGCUUCAGGGCUUCUUUGUAUUCCACUCUUUCGGAGGUGGUACUGGGUCUGGUUUCGGUGCUCUCCUACUCGAACGUCUGUCGAUGGAUUACGGAAAGAAGUCAAAGCUAGAGUUCUGCGUGUAUCCCGCACCUCAGCUAUCAAGCUCUGUCGUUGAGCCAUACAACUCGGUCUUGACGACCCAUACCACUCUCGAACACUCCGAUUGCUCGUUUAUGGUGGAUAACGAGGCCAUAUAUGAUAUCUGCAAAGGGAAGCUUGGUGUCUCCCAACCUAGCUUCUCCAACUUGAACCGACUGAUCGCACAAGUCGUCUCCUCCGUCACUGCUUCGCUACGGUUCGAUGGAUCAUUGAACGUCGACUUGAAUGAAUUCCAGACAAACUUGGUGCCGUUCCCUCGUAUUCAUUUCCCCUUAACCACAUACUCUCCCCUUCUCUCCGCGGACAAAGCUACUCAUGAACAAAAUUCUGUUUCUGAAAUGACGUUCUCCUGCUUUGAGCACGGUAACCAAAUGGUCAAGUGCGAUCCCAAGGAUGGGAAAUACAUGGCGUGUUGUUUGCUCUACCGUGGCGACGUAGUUCCUAAGGAGGUUUCAGCUGCCGUUGCUAGUAUCAAGACAAGGCGAACCAUCCAAUUUGUUGACUGGUGCCCGACUGGCUUCAAGUUGGGUAUAUGCAACGAACCAGCUGCAUGUGUUCCAGGGGGUGACUUGGCAAAAAAUACGCGCAGUCUUUGCAUGCUUUCGAAUACCACAGCAAUCGCUGUUGCUUGGGCUCGCCUCGAUCACAAGUUCGAUUUGAUGUACUCCAAGCGUGCAUUUGUUCAUUGGUAUGUCGGAGAAGGUAUGGAAGAAGGUGAAUUUUCGGAAGCUCGAGAGGAUCUCGCCGCUCUUGAAAAGGACUACGAGGAAGUUGGGACGGACUCGGCCGAUGCUGAAGAGGGAGAAUAUUGA